AUGCUACAUCAUUUGAAUGCAAGGUGUGGUGCAGAACAGUGUCAGUACAGGCUGGGCAGCAACUCCUACCUUCCAUCUCUGGGACUGCAGGAGCUGGGUGGUGAUUGUUUUAGGUUGGAGCAACUUCUCCUUCCCCAUUUCAGGCGGGGUAGUAACUGGAAAGUUUCCAUAAUCACCAGUGACUUGCCAAAUGCAGGAACAAGCUCACAGAUUUAUAUUACGCUAUAUGGAGAAUUUAGAAGUUCAGCCCCGAUAUAUCUUUAUGGAGCUAAUCGGGCUCGAUUUCAGAGUGGCAGUGAAGACAUCUUUACUAUCACAGUUGGAAACAUCGGAACACUCUUUAAGGUUCGUAUUGGUCAUACCAACUCUGGAUGCUCCCCUUCUUGGCACUGUAAAGAGAUACAACUGCAGAACAUGAACUCUGGAAAUCAGUUUUAUGUACCUGUUCAACGAUGGCUGGCACAAGAUCAAGAGGAUGGGGAAAUCUGUCGAGAGUUUCCCAUUAUAAAUAAAGGACAGCCCAUCCUUCCAGUGACAAUAUAUGAAGUGUACGUGGCGACAGGUGAGCUGUGGAAUGCUGGCACUGUAGCAAAUGUCUACAUUUCUAUCUAUGGGAAAAAAGGAGAUACAGGAUCCAGACAACUGUUUAGAUCGAAGAGCUCCUUUAAUUUUUUAAGAGGACAAACGGACACCUUCUUUCUGGAAGCUGUGCACCUUGGAGAUUUAUACAAGAUUGUGAUAGGCCAUGACGGGCUUGGCCCAGGAAAUGGCUGGUACCUUGAUGAUGUUGUGAUCAAGGAUCCCACAACCAACCACGAAUAUGCUUUCUUCUGUCACAGAUGGCUGGAUCAAGGGGAAGAUGAUAAGAAAAUCGUCAGAGAAUUGUAUGCCAGGGAUAACAGUAUCUUCUCUAUGAGGCAGAAGCUAGAACUUAAGAGAAAAGAAACAUGGACUGCAGAGAGUUGGAAGUUUACAAAAGGAAAUACUGUCCAGUUCUACAACAGGCUGACCAAAGGCUUUGUCCGUCUGCAUCCAAGUGGCACAGUUGAUGCCACAGGAGAGAAGACAGACAGAUAUGUAUUACUUCAUGAUGUUACAUUCAGUGUCCUCUCAAUUCGCACUCAAGAAUCACUUUUCACAGGCCUGGGAAGUGUGAUGAACAGUGCUGACCUGUGGGCAUCUUUUCAGAAAAUAUUUUAG